AUGUAUGAUAUUUUUUUUGAAUGAAAUAGUCAGCUCACUUUAGUUUUGUAUUAUAACGCUUUUUUAAAAUUUUGGACAGUUCUUUUGACACAGAACAAUAAUUUUAGGUCUUUUAGGUCUGAAGGAAGUUUGUAUAAUAACAAUCAUUAUGAUGGUGAUGAUGUAGUCAUCAAAGGAUGCCAGCAGUCCCUUAACUAAUGGAAAGAUAACCAGUCAGCUAGUUUGCAGCAACAGUGCAGAGUACUGUGUUGAUCAGGUUCUGGUGGUGAGCUAUUGGUGACAGCUUGGGAAGGAUUGUUUAGAAAUAUGACAGGAAUGUCUCCUGUCUUACUCCCUAAGCCAGCUUGCGUGUGCAGCUUUCGCAGGAGGCAGACAGAUCAAUGUGCCAGCUGUUAUUCAUUUCUCCACCAUCUUGAAUGUAUCUUUGAGAUAUUCCUGAUUCAUUUCACUUUACUUUAAUUUUCUCCCCCAUUCCUUCUCCGCCAAGUGCUGGCCAGUGCAGGGUGAUCAGUUUACUGUUUCAGCACUGCAUUUUGCAUAAAAUUUGACGUUGGAUUGUUUAUUGAAAUCAAAGUGGAACUGUGACAGUCUACUGUAUGCCACAACAUGGGUAACAGGCUGCCACAAUCUCAGCCAUACAUCAUCGACGAGGCUAGUUCUGAUGAUGAAAUCAACUAUGACACUGCACCAGAGACAGAAAUGCAAUCUUUUGAGGAGGACGAAGAAGAGGAGAAUGAUAUGGAAAAUGCUCCAGAGAGAGAAGCCUCAACAUAUUUAACCAAAGAAAGCAGUCAGGUGGAACCAGAGGAAAACAUGCAAAAUUUAUUGGUGGAUGCGAAUAUGAUGAGCAGACUGAUUGGGCAAGUUGAAGAGCUUUUGUCACACUUGAGCAACCAGGACUACCAAGCUGCUCACUCGGCCGCCAUGUUUCUUCAGUCGUGUGGCAUUGGGGGUGGACGAGAUGAACAGAAUGAGCCCAACAGAAUCUUUCCAGCAGGUGUGGAAGUUUCUGCACCAACUCCAUUGCAAGAACAAUCAGACAGAACACAAGAAAAUGUGAGAGAAACUCUGAUUAUCGAUGAACAACCUUCUGUUACUAUCCAGGAUGAAUACAACGAAGAAGAGAUCAUACGCCAGCUGGAACAGGAAAUCUUUUCUGACAAAACCAGCGAUGAACACACUGACAAAGACUUUGUCAGACAAGUUUUUGUCAAACAGGAAGAAUAUUCGAAGGUUCAGCAGGUCAGAUCCUCAGCAAAGUCAGGAAUUCCUACCUUUAAAAGAAGUCCAUCUCCAAGCAGACACAGCUUACCUUCUCCAUCACCUGCAUUGUGUUUUGAGGCUGCAGCUGCUGCUGCUGAGACCAAAGAAAAAAUGAAUUUUCUUAUAUCUGACAAGUCUGAGAGUUCUUUAUGGAGAGAAGACUCAAAAUCUGAAAAAGACAAGGAGCUUGCAUGGGAAGUGAACAUUUCUGAUGUUGCUGAUCAUGUGAAAAACGUACAGAAAGAAACAAUACAGAUUCAAACUUCACCUAUUCCUAGCUCCUCUUCUUCAUUGAGUGCAUUAUCUUCAACAUCAACAUCUUCAGAGGACAGUGGAUCACAAGUGAUACCGCUGAUCUCUGCACAGUGUGCUUUCACAGAAGCAGUUUCUCAGAGGAAGGUCCUUGAUUUGAGAAGAUGGCUGUGCAUGUGCCGACCUCAGUACAAAGCAUCCUGUGGCCUCUCUUCAGUUGUGUCCUGCUGGAACUAUUUAUUCAGCAGACUUGGUCAUGGCAGUUUGAAUCCCAUUACUCAAGAACAGGCUUUGGAGAUCUUGGGAUUUCAGCCACCAUUUGCUCAAAUUCGCUUUGGUCCUUUCACAGGAAAUAUGACUUUACUCAAGUGGUUCAGACAACUGAAUGAACACUUCAAAGUGAGAGGCCACUGCUACUAUAUGUACAAACCUCAUGGAAAGAACAAGACAUCUGGCCUGACCUCAGAAGGUGCACUGAGCAAGCUGAAACAAGGUCUCCAAGAAUCAAAUUCUGCGUUCAUCUACCAUUGCCAGAAUCAUUAUUUCUGCCCUAUUGGCUAUGAAGAUGUGCCAUUCAAUUGUACCGAGGCUUACAGUGGCAUCCUCCCACAAAAUGAGGUGGACACAUGGAUCCUAAUUGGUGAUACCAGUCGCUGUCACCCUUCAAUCCAUUGCAAGAGCUGGCAGGAUAUUUGCAUCGAUCUCAAUUGUCAGAAUCCAGAAUAUUUUGACAUUCGUCGCACCUGGAAAGGCCUGCAAACACGCAACACUAAAAAAGUUGGAGGCAACCUGCACUGCAUUCUUGCUUUCAAACGUGCAGCACCUUAUGUCACUGCAUCUGCCAAGCGGACUUUGAUCCCUCGGUCCUCUAACCUCCCAGUUCGCCGACCAGGGUCGUUAGGCAGCUCCAACUAUUCUGAGAAUAAGACUAGGACUUCGGAAUCAUUCCCUGAAGAUGAGAACGUAUUUGAGACAGAAUCGUGUGACAGCGAGGAAGACUUUGAGUCUGAUGUUGGUGAGGAGCUUGGGUGAAAGUACUUUGAUGUGAUGGUUCUUGAAGAGAGUAAAAGUAGAUGUCUUCUGCAGGUCAAUAUGAGCCAUUUUUACACAUGCACAUUUCAUCAGGAAGACAGUUUUAGUGAAGAGUUUAGUUCAAGAACUUUGAGGUUUUUUAAAAGAGUGCCUGGGGUUUAGUAGAUGUAAGAUUUCUGCUGUCAAGAAGAUACAGUGAAGUCUUCAGUCAUUUUCAUGUGGUUUCAUCUGUUUCACUUGAUCUAACGCUGAGGAAAUCACUUUUUUGGUAACAUUACCUUCUGCUUCUUUUGUUGAAGAUUUUUUUAAUAAAUGUUUGUUAGGGUUUCUUGUAAAUGCUUUCCUCCCUAUCUGAACCAGUUUUAUUAUUCGUGCACUGCAAAUUUAACUCUUCCUAAGUAGUUCACAUCAGUAAACCUGCACUACAGCUCAGUUGCCUCAACUCCUCUGUGUUGAUUGUUAAACUUUAUCAUUACAAUAUCAUAUAAAAUAUAUAUGCAUAUGUAGGUGUAUAUAUGUCUAUGUUGAUAUUGAAUCCAUGUUUGUAUGUUUAUGCAUAAAUCAAUGUGAAAAAAUGUAUCUUUUUUGAUUAAGCUAGGGUUUUGAUGUAUAAAUAUCAAGUUUUCAAUUUUCUUAGGCAUGAUGUCUUACUAAAAGCUGAUGUGAGGGACAGUAAAACGUUUUGUCAAAUUUUAUUGGGUAUAAGCAUUACGUGAAGGUUUAAGUAAGAUAAGUUCAUGUAACUUGACGAAUCCAUUAUAUAUUGACCUGCAAAUCUUGCAGUUCCUACCCAUUUAAUCUUUUUUAAAGACCAGAGUCAUUCAUAACUUAAAAAUGAACGUGAAAGACCUUUUUUUUCAAAUAGUGUACCCACUAAGUGAUGGAUCUUAAUUAAAUUAAGGGCCCGAGACAAAUAACGUAUGAAAUUUUCUCAAAUGCUUAUCUUAACGUUGCUUAUAUUAAUAAUGUUUAUAAUCUCAUAAGCUUACAGUUACCCAUUUAUCCCAUCAUCUUACAUAUCUCCCUUCCACUGUGAUAUAACUGAGAGAUUUAUCAUGUACACUGACAACUGCAGAAGUACAGAGGAGAACAGCUUCCUCAUUAAGUUCUCUGAUGACACUGCAUUGUUAACUCUUUUGCAGACUUUAGGAGAAUCAAAGAGGAUUUUGUUGCUCCCAGUGUGAUACACAUUAAACCUGUUGAAAUUGUUAACUCUUUCAAGUACCUGGGAACUAUUUUUGAUUGCCAGCUCAAAUGGAAUUUAAACACCUAACACAUUGUUAAAGGUGGCCAACAAAUAAUGUACCCUUUUCGUAAGCUCAAUAGUUUUUCAGUUAGUUAAGCACUCUUAUGCCAUUUCUACCAGUUGUUUAUUGAGUCUUUUAUCCUUUUCAUUUGUCUGCUUGUUUUUCAGUCUCUCUGUCCAUGAUAGGAAGAGUAUUAUCCACAUCUGUUCUAAUUGGUGUUAGACAGAGAGAUUUAGCUUCUUUUUGUGAUCAACAGUUAGGACAGCAUCACACAUUUUGUCUAUACCUGAACAUGUACUAUCAAGAGAAUUUGUAUUAUUAAGCUCAUGUAAAUGAUAUUCCAUUCCAAUAUGCAAAAGUAACAGACACCUGAAAUCAUUUGGGCCACCUGCAGUCCAGCUGCUCAAUGUCAGAUGAAGUGUCAAUGGUGUGUGUGUGAUGUUGUAGAUAAGCAUAUGAUUAUUCUUGAUGCAAGUUGUUGUUUGUUUAUAGUAUAUAUAUAAAUUGCCUUCCUUUCACAUGCUUAUUUACAUCUUGCACCUAACUUGUUCUAUUUUUACUUUUAUUUUUAACUUACUGUAACUAGAGCACCUUCCCAUGUUCAAAUUGCCCACUGGGACCAAUAAAGUUGGUCAUUGUCA